AUGACAGGAAAAGACUUUGUUCGGGCGACCUUUUCCAUUAAUGGUGGGCCGUCGUACGAGGGUUAUUCUGUGGGAGCCAACGUAUCCGCGUAUGGGGAAGUUGUCUUUACCACUUCUCUGGUAGGCUAUCCAGAAUCAAUGACUGAUCCUUCUUAUAGGGGGCAAAUACUUGUUUUCACUCAGCCCUUGAUCGGGAAUUAUGGCGUUCCAGAUGGGUCGGUAAGGGAUGAAUAUAACUUGUCUAAGUACAUGGAGUCUCCUAGAAUUCAUGUUGUUGCUAUUGUCAUUGCAGAUUAUGCGUGGCGUUACUCGCACUGGACUGCAGUCCAGUCCUUAGGUGAAUGGUGUGAAAAAGAGGGUGUUGCAGUUAUAGGAGGUAUCGAUACACGUUCUGUUGUCCAGCACUUAAGAGAAGUUGGUUCUUCUUUGGGUGAAGUAAUUGUGAACGACAUAGCCCCAGUUUCAAAAAGCGUGAACCCUUCUGCGGUAAAUCUUGUUGCACAAGUAGCUACUAAACAAGUUUUAUACUUCCCGGCCCCAUGCGAAUCCUCAACGUACAAUGUCAUGCUAAUUGACUGUGGGGUAAAGGAAAAUAUAUUGCGUUGUUUGCUGUCCAGAGGUGCAAAUGUAGUCGUUUUGCCCUACGACUACGAUAUUUGCUCCAUCGCAGACCAAUUCGAUGGUGUUUUUAUUUCGAAUGGUCCUGGGGAUCCAGUCUUUUGCGAGGAUACUACAGUGGCUAACUUGAAGAAGUUACUGGCAAGCCCAGAGUUUCAAGAUUUACCAGUGUUUGGAAUCUGUAUGGGUCAUCAGUUACUGGCCCGGGCUGCCGGUGCUUCAACUGUUAAAAUGAAAUAUGGAAACAGAGCUCACAACAUACCCGCCCUUGAUUUAACAACUGGUCAAUGCCACAUUACCUCUCAAAAUCACGGCUAUGCUGUUGAUGCAUCUACUCUUCCAGCUGGCGAGUUUGUCCCUUAUUUUUUAAAUUUGAAUGAUAAAUCUAACGAAGGGAUAAUUCAUGUUAGAAGACCUAUUUAUUCUACUCAGUUUCAUCCUGAGGCUAAAGGUGGUCCCCAGGAUUGCUCCUUCUUAUUUGACAAAUACUUCGAAAAUAUGAAGGAAUACAGGAACCAAGUUAAAGGAAAACGUGGUUUAAAAUUAGAUACUACUAAGAUGGCUAGAGAAAGGAUUCUCUAA